UCACAUUUCAAUUAUAUUUAUUCCAGUAAAUAAUGAACCCAGUCGACAACAACCAGUUUGAAGUUAGAUCAGCAAAACGAAAGAUCAAAACCGGACCCAAUGUAUACUUGAACCCUGCCCUGGACUUGCUCGCCAAUGAGGACCCUAUGUGUAACACAGCCAUGGAAGUAACACCUAAUAAGAGACGCAAAAGAACUAUGAGCUGUGAUAUAGCUGCAUUUGAGAACACCGCUUUAGACCUGGGAAUCAGCAAGGCAGCUGUAAACGAGUUUCUAGUUAGAGAACUUCAGAACGUCAAUAAGAAUAUAAGAGCAUAUGAAACACCUAAAAAGACUAGUGCUGAGAGCAGUGCUGAAAUAGACGAGCCUAUUUAUGCAAAUUUAAUAAAUACACCACCCGUACCGCCAAGAAAUUACUCUUCUGAAGUUAUUGAUCAAAAUACAAUGCCUGAUAUGGAUCACUGUAGCCUCAAUGACAGUGUAGCGGAAGUUGAUUCUGGAAUAUCAAUCUUAGAACAAAAAUCCAACAACGAACUUGAAAACAAUGAUCUCUCUGUUAUAAAUAACACAACAAACAUACAAACAAAUAUUACAAAUCAACUAUUUGUUAAUAAUUCAGCAAAUCUCAAUUUAAGUUUCAUCGACAGACUCGCUCUAGAUUCUCCACAAACAUCCAACAAGUCAUUAUAUUUUGAUGAUGAUUUAAAUGAAAGCAACAUAAUGGAAAUAAAAACUAUAACAAUAAUAACUAAGAAGAAAAUUGUGCCAAAGAAGAAUACAAAUCCGUUCCUAGAUCCGAAUUUAGAUGUAAAUGUAGAAACAAUUGGAGAAAAUCCAUUUUUGAAUGAAAAUUCUAAUACACAUGAGAUGGAAUAUAACGAAGAAGUAUUAACAAGGCCAAUAGAAAUGCCUGCACCACUAAAUCUGAUGCCCAGAAGAUUAUUUGUCAAUGAUACAAAUAGCACAAUAUCUACUGUAAAUGAGUCAUCAUUGAACACAGAUUGUCCAGAAUAUGAGAAUGUAGAAUACAGACCAGAAAGUCCUAUUUACGAAAAUAUUGAUGAUAUACAAUACAUGGAAGAUCCACUCUACAAUAAGCAAAGCAAAAUACUCGGACACGAUGUCUCGAAAUUUAGCGCGUUAGACAUCAUGAACUUAAACAAAAUGCUCCAAUCAAACACAUCAAAUGAAUCAACAGACAGUAAAAAGGAUUUGAAACAUCACAUACUAAAAGCUAGUAACAAACUAUCAAAGAAAGUGUUCAAAACAUUAAAAAAGACAUUCAAAGGUGACAAAAUUGAACACAACACGACUCUAAAUCCAUAUGAAGUGCCGAGAAAACCGCCGAAAGAAAAAGUAGAGAAAAAAGACUCUGGUAUCGAAAACCCAGCUUUGAAACUUGAUAAUUCUGAUGACAUAGAAAUAGAAGAACUGAUUGAGAAUGAAGAUGAACAGUACGAAACUAUAAAGACGAUAAGAAAUACUAGAUUAAAUGGUAAUGUAACACCUUUAAAAGAAAGAUCAAAUGACAAUGAUUUGUCUCAUAACAAAACAUAUACACCAGGAAAGAAAGUCAGAUUUGAUUCAACAUUAAAUAGGGAAAAAAUAAUAACUGGAGAUAGUUUUGACUGUGAUAUACAAAGUCCAGGGUUUGAUUCCAAAAUUGACAAAUACCAUGAUGAGUUGGAAAACUGCAUAAAUGAAAGGAAAUUUAUUCAGCAAAAUAUGUAAUUUUCUAUAAUAAUAGAUUUAGGUUUUCUGUACAAACUAAAAUAGGUUUUUUUAUACUAUGUUCACUAUUGUGAAUUAUUUUUAUUUAUUUUCUAGAUAUAAGAAAAAUCCACCAAAUACAUAUUUCUAUAACUUCUAUGUAACCAAAAACUUUAAAGUACUUAAUAUGUCUUAAUUUUCUAAACCAAAAAGAUAAUAACA